AUGAGCGAAAACAAGACAACACAAGAAGACAAGCCAAAACGGCGCAGAUAUCGCAUCCCUCGUAGCUGCGAUAGAUGUAGGAGUAGCAAAGUGAAGUGUGUUGUUGAAAAUGACCGCUGUCAUACUUGUACCAGACUUGGUCUAAAAUGCACGUUUGCCGAUCCAGGCAGUCUGAAGGAAAGGCCUCCAACGGUCAAAGACGCCGAGCAACUUACGGCCCGUAUCAGGUCAUUGGAGCGCCUCCUCCACGCGGUCGACCCUACACUUGACCUCAACAACCUGCCCGACCUUACUCGUAAUCAGCCCGUUUCGCAUACCCCAGAGACGCUCCCGUUUCCCACUCAAUUGCCCACCACCGCAAAAUCACAAGCAGAAUCUCACUCCGCUCAAACUGUCUUACAGGACUCUUUCCAAUCUCAGCUUUCAGCCGUUGUUACUGGGAUUCAUGGCUUGCGAAUUCCGUCAAAGCCUCAUGUCACUGACAUUCACUGGACUCAAUCAGAUAAAAGCCAACCAACGUCCAAAUUCGUUGGGGCCAAUACAUCAGCCGACAACUAUGUCGGACCCAAUUCCAUCCUCAGUAUAGCCGAACCAGUGGCAUACGGGAUUCCCAAUUUUCCUAGGGACUUGCGCACACGGUAUCCGGUUGAUGAUUUUCUUCGCCUUCGUCAUGAAGAACAUGUUUCGAGAACAAAUUGCUUUUAUCCGGAGCCUGAUCUGGAGCUCGAUCUCCUCAAGAUUUACUUUCAGCAUUUCCACCCGCUUGUCCCAAUCAUUCAUCCGACAACAUUUUAUCAUCUUCAUAAAUCUGGGCUCGCGAAGACCGACCGUACAUUCAGAUCUCUUUGUCUGAUCAUGUUUUCCAUCGCCAGUAGAUGGUCAAUGGAUCCUAGGGUUCAGUUCGACUUGGCUGGGAAGCCACAGACCUCUCGACACUUUGCUGGCUUGCCUUUUGGAUAUGCUAGUUACAUAGGAGUGUUUCAAGCUGGCUACGAUGGCACUAGCCUUUUCCGCUUGCAGGCUUAUGUCCUGCUAGCGAUUGGUUCACUUGGUGCAUGCCAACCUGCGAUCACCUGGUUGCUCGCUGAGCAGGGUCUGACAUGUGCACAAGAAUGCGGCGCUCAUCGGGAGGUUCACCAUAUUUGGAACGCUGAUCCUCUUCAGGACUACCUACGGCGUCAAGCUUUCUUUCAGCUGUACGAAAUUGCUCACAGAGCUAGCCAUUCUUUACACCGGAGGCCUCUAGUGGAGUAUGAUGACUAUGAUCUGCAACCAAUUCAUGCACAGCGUGGAGAUCCAUUAGGCAUCUUUGUCAAUCCAUAUUCGAGUAUCAGUCCCGCUGUUCAUGACGCAUGCGUCGCGUUCGACGAGGUAAGAGUAUUGAUGUUGCGACUUGGCACGCUCCGGUCUAUGCUACCCCUCCUUUUCAAAAUGCAAGCUAGUACGAAGGCGCCCGGAGGAGCUGGAACAAUAAAAUCCUUAAAAGCACUGGUUGACCAGCUCGAUCUCAAUGCUAGAAAAUGGUUUGACAAGGUGCCUCCGAUUUUUAAACGCCCUGAUAUCCACGGCACUGGCGAAAUGUUGGUAUUUGCGGUACUUGUCAUCACUUGCUAUGGCAAAUUUCAGCUUUUGAUACACCACACUUUAUUUCACUACCAAGGCGAUGAUCUCGACCGCAAAACGGCGAGCCCCAACCCGCACAUCAAUAGAUGUGUCGAGUUUGCGAUUUCGUCGAUCCAAGCCAUAAACCAACUGCGGCUUCGGAAGCUGUUGACCGCGGGAUUUUAUUGGAUACCCGGCGACCUCAUCUUAACUGUCGUUCUGUUGGCUUGCUCAAUCAGGAAACAGAGGGAGUUCAUUAGUCCCCAGGACAAUCAAGUAAGGCGCGAUAACAUCCUUCUGGCCAUCAUGAUCCUAGACGAUCUGGAGCUGGGAUCUGGUGUCCAUGCAGCAGCAGCGUAUAGCAACAUGUCAAAGAUAAUUUUUGGUCUACUGGACGCCGAGAAUCCCUCAGUCCUGGACUCGUUAAAAGCACCACUCAAACACCCGGCGCAGUUUAAAAAUCAGGGUUUGAAUCAAUCCCCUCCCUCGGACCCUGUUUCGGCCUCACCAGACGUGAGGAGAGAGACGUCCUGGGACCCAGUCGAAAUCUCCGAUGUCGCGGUCGAUGCUACUGCAUUGAAUCUACCAUUUUUCACCACUCUUCACCCACCCCCUGCUUUCCUUCCUGCCCAUGCCCCGUCGAGUCACCCAACAAUGCCUCAUCAAACUCAUUUGGGCUAG